AUGGUUUUACCAAGCACAUCUUUGGAAACGCGCAAGCAGCAUACCAGCGUUAUGAUAGUGCCAACGGGGACCAAAGCUGCUAUCGGUGGAUUCGCGGGCGACGCUUUGCCGGUUGCGCGUGCCCUCUCCAACGUUGUUGAUUGCCUUAUCACUCACCCUAAUGUUCUUAAUGCAGCAAUGCUCUACUGGCCCCUGCCAAAUACAUUAUAUGUUGAAGGUUAUGCUCUACACCACUUCGCAGAAGGCUUAUGGGCAUUACAGCUUGUUCAUCAAAACCGGGUAGAGAAGUGGAUUGAUCCAGAAAAUGGUCAAUCAACAGGGAGGAUUAAACGGCCAGAUUCCUUACUUGGAGCUGUAGAAACUUUAGUGAACCAGUCACAAGUGAAUGCCAUUGCUGUUGUUGGAAGUUUUCCGGAUGAUGAUAUUGAAGAAGUGGAUUACUACUGGCUGGGAAUGGGAAUAGACAAUUUGGCCGGUGUUGAGGCAGUUAUUAGCCAUCUGGUUGUUAGGACUUUUCAACGUGCACAAGCUUCCUUUUCCCCUUAG